UCUGUGUGUGUGUGUGUGCAGACUCCUGUAAUCAUGUACGACGCGGCGAGGAUGCCAUCUCCGAAGGACGGCGCCAACGGUGUGGCCCAGCCCGUGGUUCCCGGAGCCGGAGCGGGACCGGCCGCCGGGUCGGGGAUGCCGACGCCGACCGCGGCGCUGCAGGUUAAAUCGGAGGAGGGCCAGGCCGGCACGGAGGAGGAGGAGGAGCCCAAAAUGGAGCCCGUCCUGGUGAAGAAGCCACACAGAGAGAUUCUGGACCACGAGAGGAAGAGGAGGGUGGAGCUGAAAUGCAUGGAGCUGCAGGAGAUGAUGGAGGAGCAGGGGUACACGGAGGAGGAGAUCCGACAGAAAGUGAGCACGUUCAGACAGAUGCUGAUGGACAAAGAGGGCGUCAUCACCAGAGAAGGCGCACACACACAACCAGUGGUCAACCACCUGCACUACCCGCCCGACGAGUACGAGGACGCCGAAGUCGUCGCCUACGAAGACGGAGACUACGAGCACGACUACCACAGUGACAGCAGGGUGAAGAGGAAAUCAAGCAGCUCUCCAUCCCCUCGUCCAAAGAAGAGGAAGAAGAAGAAAUCAGGCCGUCGGAGGAGCCGGUUCGGCAGCUCCUCGCCCUCCCGCAGAGAGAAGAAGAAGAAGAGCGGGAAGAAACACAAGCGUGACAGAUCCACAUCUGGCUCCAGGAAAAAGAGGCGAUACAGAUCAGGAAGCCCGAAGAACAAACACAAAGACAAGAACAAACAGAAGAAGAGGUCCCCCGGAGAGACCCCCAGCAGGAGUUCACAGCGCCAAGGCAGCUGCUGCAGCUCUCGAAGUGCCUCCCUGUCCUCCACACGGAGCACCUCCAAAUCUCCCACCAGACUGAACUCCAAGCACAAGACGGACGGGCAGAAGGCGCCGGGCCCCUCGCCGUCCCCCGGCCCCGACGGCCCCGCGGCGUGGCACAACGGCGACCACACCCAGCGCGGCCGCAACGGCAAGGCCGGCAGGCUCAACCACUCCGAGGCCGAGAAAGGGACCGAUAAGCUCCGUCUGCUGGCGGCGAGCUCCGCGGGCGUCCAGACCGGUCUGCUGAGGGAGCAGCGGCUCCACGGAGCCGCCGGCAGGAGCCAGGCGGCGGGGGCCGGGGGCGGCACGGCGGCGGGCGGCGCCGCGGGCCAGACGUCCGGGAGGAGAGGGGCCCACAGGGGCCCCAACCGGGGGUCUCACUCCCCGGCUCGCAGCAGCGACUCGGCGCACUCCCAACACAACCAGACUCACAGAGGGAGGGGCUCCCGCCACCAGAGGAAGACGAAAGGGGGCCACUCCUCCAAACGCCACCACCGCUCCGGGCGGGGCCAGGCGCACCACCGGAGCCCGUCGGCGUCCCCGGGGCGCCACGCCUCCGGCCGCAAGAACGAGGAGUCCCGCAGCAAGGCCAACCUGCGGCAGCGCAGCAGCUCGUGGAGCAGCGGGCGCUCGUCCUCACGCUCCGCCUCCCGGGACCGAGCGCCCAGCAAGGCCAAGUCGCCCCACAACCGGCAGAACGCCUCCAGAGAGAGGGACAGCCCGAACCGCUCCGACACAGACAGCCGGGCGCGCCGCCGCUCACGCAGCUACUCGCCCAUCCGCAAGAGGAGAAGAGACUCGCCCAGCUUCAUGGAGGCUCGCAGGAUCACCAGCGCCAGGAAGCGGCCCAUCCCGUACUACCGGCCCAGCCCGUCCUCGUCCAGCAUGGAGAGCAGCCCGUCGCGGUCCAGCCGCAGCCGCAGCCUCAGCAGCUACAGCCGCAGCCGCAGCCACAGCCGGAGCCGCAGCCGCUCGCGCAGCUGGAGCCGCAGCCGCAGCCAGAGCCGGAGCUGGAGCCGCAGCCGCUCGCGCAGCCACCACAGCUACUACAGCCGCAGCAGCUACGACAGCCCGGGCUUCUGA